AUGAAGCAAUGGGUAACACUAAUGGAUGGAAUCGAUAGACUCCAGGUACAAGAAGUGCCGGAGCCUAUCGAUAUCAAGGAAGAUGAAGUCCUUGUCAGGAUCAAUGCAGUAGCAAUCAACCACAGAGAUAUCAAAAUCAUCAAUGGCGAUUUCAAAGGGCGGUAUGCGACUCCCACCGACCCGAUGGUGCCUACAUCAGACGCCAGUGGCACAAUCGUCAAAGUGGGCGGGCCAGUGGCAGCGACAAAAUGGCGAGAAGGGGAUCGUGUCCUCGGGCUCGUGCGCCCGACCCAUUUGACGGGCCCUACGCGUUCCGAGCAUCAUGCUCUAGGCCUCGGCUUUCCUCAACCAGGUGUCCUAACUGAGUACCGGGUGUUUUCUGCCUCUGGCCUGGUGCAGAUACCGCAGGGUUUGAGCUUCGAGGAGGCAGCAACACUUCCUAUUGCAGCUACCACUGCAUGGAUGGCAUUGAAUUGGGAUCGACCAAUCAACAGGCCUGCGCGAGGGCCUCAGACUGUUGUACUGCUGCAAGGUACUGGGGGUGUGUCUAUCCACGCUUUGCAGCAAGCGACUGCACUGGGCUUGACCACUAUUGUCACGUCUUCAUCCGACGAGAAGCUGCUGAAAGCUCAAGAACUUGGAGCAACACACACGGUCAACUACAAUAAAACCCCGGAGUGGGCAGACGAGGUGCUAAAGCUGACUCAAGGAAAAGGAGCUGACAUCAUCGUCGAAACAGGAGGACCUGAAACCAUGCCGCAAAGUGUCCGAGCUGUAGCUGAAGGGGACGUCAUCAGCGCCGUCGGCGUUCUAACAGGAAUGACCGAGGAGAAGCCGCAGCUGGCAAUAGGACUGAGCUUGAUCAAUCGGAACGCGGUUCUUAAAGGGAUCAACAUUGGCCCCAGAGACCGUGUGGAGGAGAUGAUGAGGCUAUAUCAACAAGAGGAUAUCCACCCCAUUAUUAAUCGUGUUUUCAAGUUUGACGGGGCCAAGGACGCACUAAACUAUAUGAAAGACGGAUUUCAUUUCGGUAAAGUUGUGAUCAAGGUCAAUGAGGACUGA